AAGAGUGUCCCGGGGACGCGGCCGCCAGCGGAGCGCGGAGCGCGGACGGCGGACUGCGAGGCGGUGCAGCCAGGCGCGGCGGGGUAUGUGGCACACACCCUACACUCUAGAGAGCUGCCUUCCACAGAACCCAGAGGCACCAUGAAGUCCAAUCCUGCCAUCCAAGCUGCCAUUGACCUCACGGCAGGGGCUGCAGGGGGCACAGCAUGUGUACUGACUGGGCAGCCCUUCGACACAAUGAAGGUGAAGAUGCAGACAUUCCCAGACCUCUAUCGGGGCCUCACUGACUGCUGCCUGAAGACCUACUCCCAGGUGGGCUUCCGCGGCUUCUACAAGGGCACCAGCCCUGCACUGAUUGCCAAUAUUGCAGAGAACUCAGUGCUCUUCAUGUGUUACGGCUUCUGCCAGCAGGUGGUCCGCAAAAUGGUUGGCUUGGACAGGCAGGCAAAACUGAGUGACCUCCAGAAUGCAGCUGCUGGUUCCUUUGCCUCAGCCUUUGCUGCACUGGUCCUCUGUCCCACAGAGCUCGUGAAGUGCCGGCUCCAGACCAUGUAUGAAAUGGAAUCCUCAGGAAAGAUACCGGCGAGCCAAAAUACAGUUUGGUCAGUUGUGAAAGAAAUCUUCAGGAAGGAUGGCCCCUUGGGCUUCUACCAUGGACUCUCAAGCACUUUACUCCGAGAAGUCCCAGGCUACUUCUUCUUCUUUGGUGGCUAUGAACUGAGCAGAUCAUUUUUCGCAUCAGGGAAAUCGAAAGAUGAACUAGGUCCCAUCCCAUUGAUGUUAAGCGGUGGAUUUGGUGGAAUUUGCCUGUGGCUUGCUGUCUAUCCGGUGGAUUGUAUCAAAUCUAGAAUUCAAGUUCUUUCUAUGACUGGAAAGCAGACAGGGCUGGUCAGAACCUUCCUGAGUAUUGUGAAGAACGAAGGAAUAACAUCUUUGUAUUCUGGACUGAAACCUACCAUGAUUCGAGCUUUCCCAGCCAAUGGAGCGCUGUUUUUGGCCUAUGAAUAUAGCAGGAAGUUGAUGAUGAACCAAUUGGAAGCAUACUGAAGUGUCCUGGUGGGCCUGGAUGCAAGACAGGCGUUUGGUGAUUAUUAUUAACUCAGGGUUUCACAGAUUACAAGAACAAUGUGGAAUUAUUUCAUUAAUUGGGAUUUUUGUCCUUGUCUUCCCUUCUAUUCAAAGUCUUAAAUCUUUGUGGAAGGCCCUCUGUUCUCCACAGUAUAAUUUCUACCCAUUAAUGUACCAAAAGAAAAAAGUCGCUGCUCUUGCCCUUGGUGGAAUGUACAGGGUAGCUAGCUGGUGGCCUUAUGCACUGGCCUUAAGCAGAUUCUGUUCCUCUCAGGACUUCUGCAGAAGUCAGAGGUACACAUGCAAUUUUGGAUGGUUUUAGGUUGAGGAAUACACAAUUUUGUUCCGUGUCUAGUUGUAAGUGGUGACCAAUUUUAACACAGAUGGUUGUAAAUGAUUGCUUAACCCAUCCUAGAUGUAGGGCCAAAGCUGCUGAGGUUAAAACUAAGAGGUUAAAAUUUUAACUUUCUGUGGUAUAUUAAUGCUAAAACAUCCCUCUAUAUUUUUAGAUAAACUUGUAUGCAAACUUGUGUGGCUUCAAUUUCAGGGUGGAUAUCCUGGAUUUUUUUCCUUUUCUUCAUGAUGCCCAACUCCUGAGAAUGCCAUUCAUUUCCUAGGUGGGUUUAUUAUUUUGCACUCUGGCAUUGGUAGGAGUGGCCUGGAGCGUUAGUCCUGGAGGGCGGCAGAGUACUCGCCAGCUUCCCUUUUCAAUGAGCUUCCUGCCCUGUGCUAGAUUCAUGAUGGACAAGGGACUGCCCUGCCAAGCUCUCAGGAAAACUGACAGGGGCUCUUACCUGGUCUCAGCGGGAAUCCAGGGUGCUCUUUUGGUCCUGGAUAUGAAGCCACCAUGCCUCUCUCUCUCUGUCUCUCUCUCUCUGUCUCUCUCUUUCUCUCUCUCUCUCUCUCUCUCUCUCUCUCUCUCUCUCUCUCUCUUAGCCUCUACCUACCAUAGGCCCUUUCAGGAAGCAGAGAAGUCCGGGCUCCCUGCUUUCAUCAUGGUUUCCUUCUCAUGAGGAAGUCCAGAGGAGCCCGUGAGGCAUCAUAGCAUAAUCACAUCAGGACUCACCCUCCUGAAGUCCACUUGUGGUCCGUAACGCCUUGAUUUGUUUCUCCAUUUGGAGCUGGCAGUCUGAAUUUUAACGACUAUAGAUGAUGUGUAAAUUUGGAAGGCAUUGUGACAUAAUAAAAACAUGUUUAUUAAACUAGGUAAUAUGUAUGUAGCAACCAAAAUCUCAUUGUCUGCAGUACUUCCAAGGCCAGGGGUGCUGACAGUAGCAUUUGUUCUUACCCUGCCUAUAAAGCUGAAGAAGUAGGCUGACCUUAUUAAUGGCCCCUUGCUUUAGUGCCAGAAGCACAAGGUUGAGGAAGCAAAGUUUCCCCCAAAAGGACUGACUUUUUUAUGAGAAAGCCAUGUUUCUACUUUCGUCCCCUCUGUUCUUAUAUGUCCAGUGGCUACUGAGUAUUGCUUCAUCUGAACAGGCCUAGAUUGUACCAAAGCAGGAUUAAGUUUCCUGCAGGAGAGAGAACUGACCAAAGCAUGGUCUCCCUUUUUGGUGCCUGGGAUCUAUUAUCUCACAGUGACUGUGAACUUGUGCUUGAGGUUUAAAGAGAGCACAAAGACACAGACAUGUUUAACUCAAGCCCACACAGCGUGCCGGUAUCUUGUGUGUCACCACUCAUGCAUGCCUUCUCCAGUUUGGCCUGGCACACCCUAGUUAAGUCCCUCAUUAGGUCUCCCCCAUGCUGAGUGGGGUGAAUACAUCUCUUGCUGGCUCCUGGGACUUUUCCAUUGCCUCCACCUGGCCAUGUUAGGCCUUAGCUCUGCCCUGUUCAUACUGCAGGAGUCCUCCAGGCAUGGCAGUUGCUUUCGUAUUUGAGCAUCAGUCAGCUUUGCUAGCUGAUGGUAGUGUGUCUUCUCCAGGUCUGUCCAUUGUGGCCUCUGCUAUAGGAACAGAAACAAGGAGGAGUGAAAAACAGAGGCCUCAGGAGAAUUAUUAUUAUUAUUAUUACUGUUAUUCUGUUGGUUUAAUUUGUGGUUUAAUGUUUGGGACAAAACCAGAACUUGAGAUAGUUUGUUUAAAGAAAUGAGUACUUUAUCAUUAUUAAAUAAAACUAAUGUAAGUCUA